AUGGAAAACAUCUCCACUCCUCUCCCAGGGCCCACUGAUGUUGCACUCACGGCACCGACAAGUUCCUUUGAGCAAGAUUCCCUAAGUCAACAGAGGUCUCCCCACAUCCCUAUGAAACCCAAUCAAGUUGGCCAAGUAAUACUGUACGGGGUGCCCAUAGUGUCACUCAUCAUUGAUAACCAAGAGAGGCUGUGCCUGGCUCAGAUCUCCAACACCCUGCUUAAGAACUACAGCUACAACGAGAUCCACAACAGGAGGGUAGCUUUGGGGAUCACCUGCGUCCAAUGUACGCCUGUCCAACUGGAGAUCUUGCGCAGGGCUGGGGCCAUGCCAAUAUCAUCGAGGAGAUGUGGGAUGAUAACCAAGAGGGAAGCCGAGAGACUUUGCAAGUCCUUUCUAGGUGAGAACAGGCCUCCAAAGCUCCCCGAUAACUUUGCUUUUGAUGUUAGCCAUGAAUGUGCUUGGGGGAGCAGGGGCAGUUUCGUCCCUGCCCGUUAUAACAGCUCGAGGGCAAAAUGCAUCAAGUGUUCCUAUUGCAGUAUGUACUUCUCACCCAACAAGUUCAUCUUCCAUUCUCACCGCACCCCAGAGGCUAAGUACACUCAGCCCGAUGCUGCCAACUUCAAUUCGUGGAGGAGACACCUAAAGUUAACCGACAAGAGCCCCCCACAAGACCUGACAUAUGCGUGGGAAGAUGUGAAAGCCAUGUUUAACGGGGGCAGUCGGAAACGUGCUUUGCCUGGACACUGCGGCUCGCUCAGUUCAGAGAAGGCAGUAAGCAGCGUUAUCACUCACAUGAUGGCCCCAGACCUCUCUCAGAAGAGGACCAGGUUCGCUGAGGACGAUGAAGAUGGAAGCAGCGUCUCCUCGCGGAAAAACCUGCGGAGUUAUCCAGUGAUCCCGGUCCCUAGCAAAGGGUUUGGGAUGCUACAAAAAUUCCCAGCGGCCUCUUUGUUCCCUAAUCCUUAUACAUUCCCUGCGUUUGGACUCUGUCAGAAAAAGGAGGACGGCGAUACUCUUUCUGGUGGGCAAAAGCAAAAUGGGCUAUCGGGACUCCUUUGGCCAGGCAGAAAGGAUGCCUUUUACCCACCACUCUGCAUGUUCUGGCCGCCGAGGGCUGCAAGCGGCAUCCCCGUGCCAACCUACCUCCAGCCCCAACCCAGUGCCAUCACGUCGGCGGGGGAAUCCCCAAAUUUAAGGCAAGCCUUCCUUGAUCUCUCCGACCAAAACGAAGCUGGCGGCCUGGCAAGUCCCAGGGACAACUUGUUUGACAACGAUAGUUUAAGCCACCCGACCAACCCCGACCACAGACUGACGACGGAUGGAAGAGUUAAACUCUUAGAUGUGUCCACGUUUGCAGCCAGGAAGCAGAGCUACCUGUCUGCCUUCAGGCCCGUGGUCAAAGACAUCGAGAGCAUCGCCAAGCUGCACGGCAACUUGGAGGAUUUCGGAUCCGAUCGACAUCCCUCCCCGGGUACCAGCUGCAGUUACCAUAGCGACAGUGUGGAGAGUGAGGAAGAACAAGAGGUGGAUGUAGAAACCAACAAACUCUCGGGGGACGGGCAGGAGGAUGCCAUCUCUCCCGGCCGCUACACCCAGAGCAACCUCCAGCAGGACAACCUGCCUAAAGACAGUAAAGAAAAGACCACUUUCUCCACCUCCAAGAUAGAACCAGCCGUGGACACGAACGAACCAACGGAAGACCCAACCAAUAAAAGGGGCUCCACUCCCUGCGACCCAACACCAUUGGAGCAGCCCAGUUACAAAGAUGGUCUUAAAAAUGGAACCAAAAAGCAUUCACUCUUUUCUAAAAAGAAUGAAGAUAAUUUUCCUAAUGAGACAAAACAACAGGAUUGUUUUGCGGAAGAAUCCGACAGCUCAGGGGUAGGAUUCUGGCGGGAACCUGGGGUUGACCACGAACAAGAAUCAACGUCCCGACUUUCUAUCAAAACUGAUGUGGCAAACAUGGAGAAAGAAGAACUUCAGAAAGUGUUGUUGGAACAGAUCGAUUUGAGGCGGAGAUUAGAGCAAGAGUUUCAGGCGUUAAAGGGUAACGCUUCUUUCACUGUUGUCAAUAACUUCCAGGACCAAAUGACGGAGUUGGCGUAUCGGGAGGAGAUGGUCCAACAACUACAGAUGGUGAGUUGA